AUGAUGACCAGGUGCCAGGCCUUGCGAGGGUCCUGCAGCACAGAGGCCUGCAGCAAGGUCGGCCUCAGCACAGAAGCAGAGUGCACAGCCCUUUGGUCACCUACCUGGUUGAUAACUGCAGCAGCAGCAGUGGCAGCAGGCCUGUGCCAGGAGAGCUGUAUGCGCACCGAGUGCAGGCAGAGCAACAGGCUUGCCUGCGCCUUGGCGAGUCAGUCGCAGGGCAUUCAGCACCUGCUGCAGGCCGAGAAGCGCGCCGCUGAGAAGGUGUCGGAGGCCCGCAAGCGGAAGAACCGGAGGCUGAAGCAGGCCAAAGAUGAAGCGCAGGCUGAAAUUGAACAGUACCGCCUGCAUAGGGAGAAAGAGUUCAAGGCCAAGGAAGCUGAGGCUCUGGGAUCCCAUGGCAGUUGCAGCACUGAGGUGGAGAAGGAGACCCAGGAGAAGAUGACUGUCCUCCAGACCUACUUCCGGCAGAACAGAGAUGAUGUCCUGGAUGAUCUCCUGAGCUUUGUGUGUGAUAUCCGGCCCGAAAUCCAUGAAAACUACCGCAUAAAUGGAUAG